UGUCGAGCUUAGCGCGAAAGAGAUCUAAGUAGAGAGAGAGAGAACUAACUGUGCCCGCCAGUCCAGCUCAGCUUCAAACGACGACCACUCCCGAACUUACCAAUCACAUACCCACCCCCUCUGCCCAUCAUGCCUCGUGAAGUCUCCGACAUCAAGCAGUUCAUUGAGAUCUGCCGCCGCAAGGAUGCGUCCUCUGCCCGCAUCAAGCGCAACCGCAACACCCAGCAGAUCAAGUUCAAGGUCCGCUGCUCCCGCUACGUCUACACCCUUGUCCUGAAGGACUCCGACAAGGCCGACAAGCUCAAGCAGAGCCUUCCCCCUGCUCUCAAGGUUGUCGAUGUCACCAACGGUGACAAGAAGAAGGCUUUGUAAAUUUUGAAAACCUAGCCUAACCUUCCUAUAUCGCACA